CGAUUCACUGAGUCGAGUGGGGUGCAGAUAGCGCGGACAUUUUUAACUUUAUUUCUGCACUUUAAUUUGCUGUAGGAGAUAAAACAAGCGCUUUAUAAAGGCAUGUGAGAGACUCAGAAAGCGCGUGUAGUUGUUCAGAAACAGCGGCGUCGUCGAAAGAGGAACCGUUUGCUCUCUGUAGCUUUGCAGCUCCAAUAUGUCGGAACCAGCAGGGAAGAGAUUAAAAACUAAUGUACCCAUGUGUAAAGCACACCGCGUACUGGAGAGCAGUAACGCGAAGCAAAAUCUACCCAGCGUUGUUGAGGAAGGUUUAUGUGGAGUUUCAACUUCAGUGAUGGAGUUUGCCUACCGACUCGAGGCGCUGGCUAAGAUCUUUGAGCAGGAUGAUCUGCCCUUGUCCCGUGUGGCUGCUUUCUUCCAUCAGGAGUCUAUGAGGGAGCAGGCACAGGCCGAGGCCAUGCUACAGUACCUGUCUGAGCGUGGGGGACACUACUGCAACAAAGUUAUUCAGAGACCAGGCACUGAGCAGGUGUGUGCGCUGCUCCCUGCUCUAGAGCUCAUGCUGAGCCAGUGGAAGGAGGAGAUGGCCAUCAUGGUGGAACUGUGUCAGCUAGCACGUGAGCAUGAGGACCCUCACACCACCAGUGUGAUCAAAAGCCACUUCCUCAGUCCACUUGUCCCAAAGAUCAAGCUUAUGGGUGACUUGUUGACCAACGCUCGGAAAGUAGGAUGCACCACUGAUGGCACUGGAGGAUUCGGAGAAUAUCUCAUUGACCAGCUUUACAAGGAACUGAGCAGUGCUUGAAAUUUCUGCUAAUAAAGCCUCCUACUGAUGCAAUAAAAACCUGACCAGCAGUAUAUAGAGUGGAAAUGGCCUCUCUUAUAGCUUGGGGCGUUGUUAGAACAGUAAUGUGACUUCAUUAAAAAACAAGUUCUUGUGUUAAAACCAAGCCAUUCUAUUUUCUAUAACAAAACUUGAUAUUAUAUUAGUAAGUCACUGAUGAUGUAAGAGUUAUGUGAAGUUAAUGCUCUUGCUCUAUGUUACCAAGGCUUUUUUGAUAUGUACCCUAUCAUGUACGUUAUCUUUAAAUACACUUAUAUUAAAUGGUUACCCUAUUUGUUA